GUCCCACUGUCUGUCCUGGGUUUGCCACUCUGUUGACCCACUGGAUCGAGAAGAAGCACAACCUCUUUCGUGGUUUUUCUAAACACAAGCGUUCACCACAGACAACAUGUCGGGACUUGUAAAGGGAAAGGAGUAUGACUGGAAGGACAGCAACCUUGCUCUGUUCGGCUCAGACCUAGAAAAGAAUAUCAAGAAAGCCUCGGCAGAGACUGAGAAGGCAUGGUCAGGUGCCGGUGAGAAAGUUGGCGUGGAGAUCUGGCGAAUUGAGAAGUUUCAGGUGAAAGCCUGGCCAUCAGCAUCGUUUGGCAAGUUCUACAGUGGUGAUUCCUACAUCAUUCUCAAUACGUACAAGGAGGACGGUGAAGAUGAACUGCAAUUUGAUGUUCAUUUCUGGAUUGGUCGCCACUCAACCCAGGAUGAGUAUGGUACAGCCGCUUACAAGACAGUGGAACUGGAUAACCUGCUGGAUGACAAGCCUAUCCAGCACAGAGAGGUCCAAGGCUACGAGAGCAGCCUGUUCAAGAAGUACUUCAAGCAAAUCGAAAUCUGGAGUGGCGGUAUUGAGUCUGGCUUCAACCAUGUUGAGCCAGAGAAAUACACACCACGCCUGUUGCACUUCAGUGGUGACCGACGCGGUAUUCAGGUCAACGAAGUCGACUGCAUCAAGGAGAACCUGAACUCCGAGGAUGUCUUCAUCCUGGAUCUUGGCCUGACGAUCUUCCAGUUCAACGGUACGACAGCGAACAAGGACGAGAAGAUGGAGGCAUGCAAGUAUGUUGCUUCACUCAAGUCCAGCCGUGGCAAGGCUUCUUCUGAAGUCCUUGAUGAGGCCGAUACCAGCUCAAAGCAUGAGUUCUUCUCUCACCUCGGCUCAGGAGUUGCCUCCAAGAAGAUCGUGGACAGUGACUUCAAGAAAACCUUGUUCAGGUUAGUGGGGCUGAGUGACAGCACUGGUGACCUCAAGUUGACCCAGGUGGCCGAGGGUACCCUGUCCAAGAGCAUGCUGGACAGUAGCGACGUGUUCAUUCUGGACACUGGUGUGACAUGCUUUGUCUGGGUUGGCAAGGGAGCCAGCAAACAAGAGAAGGCCAAGGCUAUGAUGCAUGCCAGUAACUACGUAGCUGGCAGCAACCAUCCAUUUGUGCCCAUCACCAGAGUAGUGGAGGGACAGCGCAAUGUACAGUUCUGCUCAUCCUUCGAUGAAUAAAACCAGUUUGAAACCAGCGAGAUCCGUUACUAUAGAGACCUUCAUUCAAACUGAGCCCCUUGCCGGCUACAUUUCAUCUUGGAACAUAACCAACACUUCACUUUUUUUUUACUUAUUAACACUUUCUUGUAACCACUUGAACAGUUAAUUUUGUUCGUCAUAUUGGAAACUUUACUCCAGCUCUGCCGCUUUGUUGAAUUUACUUUCAAUUUAGGGUA